UCCAACAGGAUGGUGAGCAUCUGGACAUUCACUCUUUUCCUGCUGGGAGCAGCCAAAGGAAAGGAAGUUUGCUAUGAUUCCAUUGGGUGCUUCUCUGACUCUGAGCCCUGGGCUGGGACCGCCAUCAGGCCCCUGAAAGUUCUCCCCUGGAGCCCUGAGGACAUCGGGACUCGCUUCCUGCUCUACACCAACGAGAACCCAAACAACUUUCAAAUUCUCCUUCCCUCUGAUCCAUCAACGGUUGAGGCAUCCAAUUUCCAAACAAACAGGAAGACCCGGUUCAUCAUCCACGGCUUCAUAGACAAGGGAGAUGAGAGCUGGCUCGUGGAUAUGUGCAAGAACAUGUUCAAGGUGGAGAAGGUGAACUGCAUCUGCGUGGACUGGAAAAGAGGCUCCCAGACCACCUACACGCAGGCUGCCAACAACGUACGUGUGGUGGGCGCCCAGGUGGCCCAGAUGCUGGCCAUGCUCAAGUCGAACUACAGUUACUCACCUUCCCAAGUCCACCUCAUCGGCCACAGCCUGGGGGCCCACGUGGCAGGAGAGGCUGGGAGCAAGACUCCAGGCCUGGGCAGGAUUUCAGGGUUGGAUCCUGUAGAAGCAAGUUUCGAGGGUACUCCUGAAGAGGUCCGACUUGAUCCCUCCGACGCUGGCUUUGUUGAUGUGAUCCACACGGAUGCAGCUCCCCUGAUCCCAUUCAUGGGCUUUGGAACGAAACAACAGGUGGGUCACCUUGAUUUCUUCCCAAACGGAGGAGAGGAAAUGCCCGGAUGCAAGAAGAAUGCCCUGUCGCAGAUCGUGGACCUAGAUGGCAUCUGGGCAGGAACCCGGGACUUUGUGGCUUGCAAUCACCUGAGAAGCUACAAGUAUUACUCGGAGAGCAUCCUCAAUCCCGAUGGGUUCGCUGCAUACCCCUGCGCUUCCUACAAGAACUUUGAGUCUAACAAGUGCUUCCCCUGUCCAGAUGAAGGGUGCCCGCAGAUGGGCCACUAUGCUGAUAGAUUUGCUGGCAAGACACGUGAGGAGCAGCAGAAAUUCUUCCUGAACACAGGAGAUGCCAGCAAAUUUGCUCGCUGGAGAUACGGAGUUUCUAUAACACUGUCUGGAAGAACAGCCACUGGUCAAAUCAAAGUUGCUUUGUUUGGAAAUAAGGGAAACACUCACCAAUACAAUGUCUUCAAGGGGAUUAUCAGACCAGGCUCCACCCACUCCAAUGAGUUUGACGCGGAUAUUGAUGUUGGAACAAUUGAGAAAGUCAAGUUUCUUUGGAAUAACAACGUGGUAAACCCAACCCUCCCCAAAGUGGGUGCAGCCAAGAUCACCGUGCAGAAGGGAGAGGACAAGACGGAAUACAGUUUCUGUAGCAAAGACACCGUGAGAGAAGACGUCCUGCUCAGUCUCACGCCCUGUUAAACUCCGGGCGCGAUGCAGCCGCCGUGUAACACUAAUAAAGUCCGUACAUGCAU